AUGGAUAAAAAUGAGAAGAAAUUCGACGAAGUUAUCUCGAGAGAUAAUGCAAGAAAAUUCGGAUAUAAAUGGCUUUUGCUCUUACACCAGAAGACAGUCCACGAGGGACGCAAAGAUUACCCAUGUGACAAGUGCGAGCAGAAAUUUGGACGAAAAUCGACCUUGUUUUUGCACAGAGCAGUACACGAAGCAAAAGAUUUUGUUUGCGAUAAAUGCGAAAAGAAAUUUGGUCGUAAACGUAAUUUGCUCGUUCACCGAAGGAUAGUGCACGAUCGUCGUAAAAAUUUUGUUUGCGACAGGUGCGAAAAGAAAUUUGGCACGAAAUCGGAUUUGUUGAAGCACCAAAGAACGGUCCAUGAAAAUCGUAAGGAUUACCCAUGUGAUAAGUGCGAGAAGAAAUUUGGGGUUCAAAGCAAUUUAAGAAAACAUCAAAAAAUAGUCCACGAAGGUUGCAAAGAAUUUGAGUGUGACAAAUGCGAGCUCAAAUGUGGAAAUAGUUCAGAUUUCUUGAAGCACCAAAGGACAGUCCACGAAGGUCGCAAAGAUUUCGCAUGCGAUAACUGCGAGCGAAAAUUCGGAGGAAAA